UGCACCUGCACAGGAGAAGAUCUGAGAUGAAAGACGGAGUUUUUGCUUUGUUAAUCUCCCUUGUAAUGGUGAAGGCAGAUGUAUCAGUGCUUGGUGGGGAUACUGCUGUUCUAGAGUGUAAACACAAGACACUUACAGAAGACGCCCUCAUAAUGAUCACCUGGAAGGCCAGUUGGCUUCACAACUCUCACUGUAUUUAUUCAUUUUGGAAAGAGAAAAACCUGGAGUUCAAUAACUGCAGCAGCAGGAUGGGAAUAAAUAGCACCUCCUUCAGAAUAUAUAAUGCUAAAGUGACAGAUGAAGGGACCUACGCCUGUGAACUUAUAACUAUCUAUGGAACCUUCAUUAACCAUAUUAUUCUACAAGUGUUUGUUCAGCCCUCUGUGACCCUGAGAUUAAACACAGACAGGGUUCCUGAGUGCCGGGCACAUGGGGGGAAUCCAGCUGCAAAUAUCUCCUGGAUCCCUGCAGCCGCUCAUUCCAUCACUACAGACACAACAAUGCAAUCGGAUUGGACCUGGACCGUUACCAGUAAAUACUGUGCAACAAAUCUCAGCAGGGUGGAACUCACGUGUGUUGUGUCUCAUCCGACAUUUCUGUAUCCUCAGAACAAAUCCAUGAAUGUAGCAACCAGUGGUGUUCAUUAUAUUUGCGGGCUAGUAAUGCCUGUCACAGUCUUCAUCUUCGUUUUAGGACUACUUUUUUGGCAGAUAUAAAUGAAACCCAGAAUAAGGAAGAGUUGGAGUUUAAUGUAAAUCAAUGCAUCAAAACUGGAUAUCUCAGGAACAAAAAAGACUAAGCAACAACAAAGGAGCAGUGAUAUUACUAAAUGUCAUCGGCUGAACGGAAGGCCAUAGUACUGGCUGCAGAAGAUAUGCUACUACUUGGUUCUUUGCUGAGUAAUGACCAGAUAUUAUUGACUGAUAUUGUUGAUUGACUGACUAAACCAUUUAAUUACUGAGAGUAUCGUUGCUUCUUAUGGAAUAGUGGGAACAUCCAGGACGUCACAAUCAAUGAAUUUGGUAGGCUACAAAGAAAUAUUGAUACUCUGGACCAGAUAGAAACUUAAUUUGUUCCUUCUUUAAAGGGGAACUAUCAUGUGCUUAUAUUGUUCAAAUGUUUUCAAUAAAAUUCUAAAAAUAAA